GAUUGUGGAGGGAGGGUCUCAUGCUAUCGAGCAGGAGUGUCGGCACAAAAGGAAAGUGCAUUAGGGAGAUUGGCCGGCAACAAUAAAAACUAUUGGACACGGUUGCGUCUAAUGCGUGUGAAUGCGCACUGGAUUUCUCUCAAUGCCGUGUGCGCCUGCUGCGCUGGUGAGGUGCUGUUAUUUAUUUUGAUGGUGGUGGUGCACUCUGAGUGACGGUGGCAGCUGAGGACGAAGGACAGGAAUCCCCACAUGGGACGUCAAGCCACUGACUGGGGGGCAACGUGAAGAGAGCGCAUAGCUGGGACGAACAUGAAGGCUGCGGCCGAGCGAAAAAGCGGACAGAAAGCUGCAAAGCUAUACUAAAAAAACAAGACGAUUUUAUUUGUUCCUGCCUUUGGGGGCGUAAUGCGUGAGAGCCAUGUUGUCCAGAAAAGGCCUCAUUCCGGAGGACUACUUGCUGACACGCUUGGCCGAGGAUGUCCAGCAGCCCAAGUUCAAAUCGAAAACGAGGAAAGCCCGCUUCGUGGCCAAGAACGGCACCUGCAAUGUGGCGCACACCAACAUCCGCGAGCAGGGCCGCUUCCUCCAAGACGUCUUCACCACUUUGGUGGACAUGAAAUGGCUCCACACGCUCAUCAUCUUCACCAUGUCGUUCCUGUGCAGCUGGCUUCUUUUCGGGAUGGUCUGGUGGCUCAUCGCCUUCGCGCACGGCGACCUGGACCGGCAGCCGGACGGCUUCGUGCCGUGCGUCACGGAGAUUCGCUCCUUUUCGUCCGCCUUCCUCUUCUCCAUCGAGGUGCAGGUGACCAUCGGCUUCGGGGCGAGGAUGGUGACGGAGGAGUGCUUGUCUGCCAUCGUCGUGCUUAUUAUGCAGAACAUCGUGGGGCUGGUUAUCAACGCCAUCUUGCUCGGCUGCAUCUUCAUGAAGACCGCGCAGGCGCGCCGGCGCGCCGAGACGCUUAUUUUCAGCAAGCACGCAGUCAUCUCCGUGCGUAACAACAAACUUUGCUUCAUGGUGCGCAUCGGUGACCUGAGGAAGAGCAUGAUCAUCAGCGCCACAGUGCGGAUGCAGGUAGUAAAGAGAAGCACCACCGAGGAGGGCGAGGUGGUGCCCCUGGAUCAGAUCGACAUCAACAUGGACAACCCGGUGGGCACCAACGGGGUCUUCCUGGUGUCCCCGCUCAUCAUCAGCCACGUGAUCGACAAGGACAGCCCGCUGUACGCCAUGUCUGCGGCGGACCUGCUGCACGACGACGUGGAGAUCAUCGUGGUCCUGGAAGGCGUGGUGGAGACCACCGGCAUCACUACGCAGGCCAGGACCUCGUACGUGUCCGAGGAGAUCCUAUGGGGGCAGCGAUUCGUGCCCACCGUGUCUGAGGAGGACGGCAUAUACGCGGUAGACUACUCCAAGUUCGGCAAUACGCAGAAGGUGCCCACGCCGUGCUGCAGCGCCAAGAAACUGGACGAGGUGGGCGGCAUCGCGAGGUUUAAACUCACCGAGGGCGUCACCUUGCGGCCGUCGGUGAGAAGGCGGCGGGCAGCCACCAUAGCCCGGCGCUCCAGGUUGGACAGUUGAUGAAAACGUGCUUUCUUAGAACGAAUACGUCAAUGUGGACGACGAGAAUGUACUCGUGUGCUAUCGCUGCAAUUCCAGACAAUUCAACGUGAUUUAUAGAGCACAGAUAGUAUCUCCACUUUGGGAACCAGUCCUAAUUUACUUGACGACAGAAUAGCCCUUCAUGUCAGCCUUUUGAGAUAUUUUCAUUCAACAUGUCUGUUUUUAAGUUUGACCUACAAAAGUUUGCGCAAUAU